CCAUAGUUAAGUAAGGGUUCUUAUGUCCCUUCGAACAUCGUACCCUCGAAUUCACCCGCUUAUCGUUCGUUCCUUUUUUUCCUUCUUUUCUUAUCUUCACCCCCUUACCUCUUCCUGUAUACCGUUUCUGUAUCGUUCGUUAAUUGGAACACAUUUAAUCACGGUGUUCGAUCGAACAGUCAAGUUCAGUUUAGUCUCGACGAGCGUAUAGUGAACAUCGAUAUUACGUUGCCGAAGAGCGUCGUUCGUAUGUUCGCUACGAAAAAGUGGAUUUCAUCAGCGAACGAAAGAAAGAGGACUGUUUUGUUAUCGGUUAUAUGUGCGUCGCAGUGCAGUGAUCACGUACCCCAGGAUUAUUUUGACAGUUUGUACUUGGUGUGAUCUGUGCCGAGCAAUCGAGAACAAUUGGAUUAAUACCGCGGUGAUACGGCUUCGCAGUGCCCAGUACCUGCGAACAGCCGACGCAAAUCUUCUAACAGUGCGGAUAUCGAUAAAAAGUGAUCAAAAUGUUGGUCGAAGAAACACCGAGGAGCUUCGUCAAGAAGAACAACAAUUACAGCCACUGUCCGCUGAAAAAGCGGCCAGUGCAUGUCCUGCCAGCAGAAGAAGUUCCGGAAGAAAUUAAAGAAAGGAUCAUUGACGUCGUGAUGGACGAUAUCCCCGAGCCGGAGAACCUGAGCACAAAGCCGCAGGAUCUGAGUAAAACGGCGGAGCGGCAUCAGCAGCAACAGGAACCGGAGCAACGCGUCUCCAGGUCUCCUUCGCCGGUUAUCAAAACGUCCUUGUCGCCUCCAUUGAUAACCAGGCCUGUCUCUCCAACGAUGCACAAUCACGUGCACCCUGUGCAUCACAUCCAUCAUCAUCACUAUCCAACGAAAGCGAUCACGCCGCCGGUAGGCAUCGCACCGAUCCAUCUCGUGGCGAAGAAGGCGCGAGUGGAAGUGAUUCAGCACGAUAAUUCGUCAUCGACGGCGGUGACAGCCACAUCGGCGCCGUUGCAUUUCAUGGCGAGCAAGGCACCGUUGGAACCCUUAAACUUGAACACACCGGUCGAGCCAUUGGCGCAUUACGCGACUCCAGCUUGGAUUCGAGCAGCUCCGCUCUAUCCGCCACACUAUUUGCCAUAUCCGACGGCUUAUCAUCAUUACCACCACGCGGGAACAGAGUUGUAUCCGUCCUAUCCGAUACCGGCGUACCCUCACUCGUCACCAGAGCAUCAUCCAUCGAUUUCUCCGCCACCGCAUGGUGCACUAACCUGUCCAACAAUUCAAAGACCGAUCGCAAGGAGUUACGCUCAUUGGGCCAGUCCUGACCACUGUGGCUUGUCACCGACGAGUUCCUUAAGCUCUGGAUCGCUCAGGUCGCCUCCACCAGUUACACCCGAAGAUUUAUCUUCGCCUGGAAGCGACAGCGGAAGAUCGUCCGCUGGAAGUACAUCGACAAGCUCGACAAUAGCGAAUCCGAAAAUCGAAAAAACCGGAGUGUCCAGUGGUGGUUCCACGACGUCCUUAUCCUCGUCUUCGUCCUCGUCCUCGUCCUCCUCGUCGACAACGUCACCCAGGUACCAAUGUCCCGAUUGUGGCAAAUCCUAUUCGACGUACUCCGGCCUGUCGAAGCAUCAACAAUUUCACUGCGCGGCGGCCGAGGGACAGGCGAAAAAAUCCUUCUCGUGCAAAUACUGCGACAAAGUGUACGUCAGCCUGGGCGCGUUGAAGAUGCACAUCAGGACGCACACGUUACCUUGCAAGUGCCAUCUCUGCGGGAAGGCGUUCUCCAGGCCGUGGCUGCUUCAAGGGCACAUCAGAACGCACACGGGAGAGAAGCCCUUCAGCUGUCAGCACUGCAAGCGAGCCUUUGCCGACAGGAGCAACCUCAGGGCGCAUCUACAGACGCACAGUGACGUGAAGAAGUACUCGUGCACAUCGUGCAGCAAAACCUUCAGCAGAAUGUCGCUGUUGACGAAACACCAGGAGGGUGGCUGCCCCGGUGUCGCUGUUCCCAUGGGUUAUGGUUGUUAAAAAUAUUUUCGAAGAAGAAAAUACGGUGUGAUCGCCCCGAGAUAAGGAGUCUUUCGAUUCCUUCGACACGUUCCUUUAUUAAAUAUCUAGUACUUUGUUAAACGGUUCAAUUGAUGAAGUGCCUUACGCGUUGAUCGGAGUACAAACGAGUUAAUAUGAUUAAGUAGAAGGACCAGAAAAAUUAUCGCAGGCUUUGGUUUCUCGGUGAAUCGUAUUAGCUUGACUGAGAUUAAGAGACAGAUAUAUCGAGUACCUGGAUUUCGAUUAAAAUUCAUGCCCGUGGACAGCGCCGUGAAUUUUAAACGAGAUCAUCGAUACGACACAUCGCGCCGAGAAACUGGACCCAGACUUUAUAGAACGACGACGUGUUCUCUGGGAGGUUCAUGGAGAGAGAAAUCGGAUCGAUUGCCGGUUUCAAAACUUUUCUGUUUUAAAAAAGAUAGUUGUGCGUUUCUUAUUUCCUUCUCCUCCCGUUCCUUCGUCGUCUUAUUGUAAAUAGUUUCGACGUGUGCGUGUGACAAUCAGCGAGAAUAGGAGCGUUUACGAAACUGUACUUAGAUAAUCCUAAAAAGAGAGAAAGAGAGAGAGCGUGUGUGUGUGCCCUUCGAAGAAAUUUUGCCGAAGAUAAGCAGGAAACGGUUGCUGAAGAGUCGAUGCAGCCGCUUGAAGCGGUCCCGUGAAGCUAUCGUGCCAUCUUCGUUUUUUUUUCUAUUUCCUAUUUUUUUUUUUUUUUUUUUGUUUCUUCAUAAUUUCCGUCUUCGAUCGAUUCGAGCGGACGUACACGCGAUAAACGUGAUUUUUCGAAAUCGAAGAAAACGCUUGUUCGUUGAUGGAAUCGUCAAUCGUUUGCUUUUUCUUUUUCUGUUUAAUAUCGUUCGAUAUGAAAAAAAAAAAAAAAGAUAAAAAUAAAGUAGGAAAGAAAGGUGUGGAUCGUUCGAAUAAUCGUGUGUACUGUGCAUCAAAGUGCCAUUUUCAAGAUCGUGUGCCACGUGCGUCGAUUGUAAAUAAUUGAACGAUUCGCUGUCAAGGCACGCAUGAAACGAAGUAUUAUAAUUCGCCAUAAUACAGAACGGAACGAGAUAAAAGAAAGAUAUUUAAUUUGCUGGUACCGGAAUACGUUCUUAUUCUUGUUGUCAUUUCGAUAACACUCGGAAUUAGAUAGAAUGAGAGCGAACGUACUAUGGUAGUGAAUGCGGCACAGAGAGAGGGAGAGAGAGAGAGAGAGAGAGAGAGAGAGCGAGCUUACAUUUUAUACUUCAUUUUGCCUUUCGUUUUUUGUAUUUUUUUCUUUGCGUUUUCUUUCUUCGUAAAUCACUGUUAGUUACUCGAAGAAACUAGUCACUGCAUAAUAUAUAUAUUAUAUAUAUAUAUAUAUAUAUCUAUAUAUAAUUGAACAAGGAAAAGAAACUAGAGGCUCGC